CCGCGGCCGGGGCGAGGGGGGGGCUUCUCCCUCCCGGGCUAGCCCGUGGCUAGGGGUGGCCCUGGCUCGACAUGAAUACCUUGGAAAAGAGGAAUGAAACCUCUCUCCGAAUGGCUGGCCUUCUGGAACUAUCCCCUUGACUGAAGACCAAGAGCCUACCUGAGGGUGCAGCCCAGCCCAGAGGUUCCAACCGCCCUUGUUCCUCCAGCACCAGGGUAAUCUCCACUGCCGGGUGUUUGGCAGCCAGGCCUUUCUGAAACCCUGUUAGUUGAUCCUUGGCUCACCUCUCUGCCAUGGCUUCUGGAGGGGAGGGUCUGGCUGAUGGCUUCCCUGACUGGGGUGACACCAGCAUCGAUCUCAGCUCGCCAGGCCUCGCCAAGGCCAGCGCCUCCAUCCUGGACAAUGGGGAGGACUUCGAAGUCCUCAAUGAGGAUGACGACGAUGACGACUUGAGUGAACUCCCCCCUUUGGAGGACAUAGGGACAGGAAGGACCCCACCAGCCAGAGAUGACACCCAGGUGCCUGAGUCAGAGCAAGCCCCAGAGGUGGCCUCCAACAUGCCCCAGGCAGCUGAGGAGUGGCUUGAUGUCUUGGGGAGUGGCUUACUCAAGAAGAAGACCCUGGUGCCUGGUCAAGGCGUGGAGAGCCGGCCACGCAAAGGCCAGGAUGUCACUGUCCGACUCAAGGCGAUGCUGGAGGAUGGCAGCGUGGUGGAGGACAAUCCCAGCCUCUCCUUCACCUUGGGAGACUGUGACGUCAUGCAGGCCCUAGACCUGUGUGCACAGCUGAUGGAAAUGGGAGAAACUGCCUUGAUCAUGUCGGAUGGCAAGUACUGCUUCGGCCCGCAGGGCAGGAGCCCCGACAUCCCGCCCCACGCAGCCCUCACCCUGGAAGUUCAGCUGCUGGCCGUGCAGGACGCUCCUGAUCUGGAGCUCCUCCGUGGGAGUGAGAAAAUCCAGCUGGCCAAUCGCAAGCGGGAAACCGGGAACUUCUACUACCAGCAGGCAGACUAUGUGCUGGCCAUCAACUCCUACGACAUUGCCCUGAAGACCAUUGACUCCAGCUCCAAAGUCGACUAUAGCCCGGAGGAGGAGGCUGAGCUGCUGGAGGUGAAGAUGAAAUGCCUCAACAACCUGGCAGCUUCUCAGCUCAAGCUGGACCAUUAUGAGGCUGCCCUGAGAUCCUGCACCCAAGUCCUGGAGCACCAGCCGGAGAACAUCAAGGCCCUCUUCCGCAAGGGGAAGGUGCUGGCACAGCAGGGAGAGUACAGCGAGGCUAUACCCCUCCUCAAAGCAGCUUUGAAGCUGGAGCCAUCAAACAAGACCAUCCAUGCGGAGCUGUCCAAGUUGGUGAAGAAACACGUGGAGCAGAAGAACGUGGAGACCGCAAUGUACAGGAAGAUGCUGGGGAACGCCAGCACCACCAGCACCGCUGCACCGUGCAAAGACAAGGCGCCCCGGUCUAUUCCCUGGAAGUGGCUCUUCGGCGCAACAGCUGUAGCACUCGGUGGCGUGGCCUUGUCCGUCGUCAUAGCCGCAAGGAACUAGCGUAGUCUGCGGAGAGGCCCAAGGAGCUGUGCCACGCCCCAGUCUGCUCACCAACUGCCCCGGCACAUCCGGACCUGCCCCGGUGAGGACUGUCUGAUUUUCUCCCCCUGGAGCGGAGCUGGGGCUCUGUGCAUCGCUCCCCUUCCCCUACCCACUGAUUGUAAAUCACAGACUCAACCUCCUCUGCCUGAGGGUCCUGGCCAGCAGCAGUUGCAGCGACACCUUUGCAGCAGGACGGGGCGUGGGUGGAGAGGUGGCAGGCCAGGUGGAGAUGCCCAGGGCGGGUGAGCCCUCUGCGUGUGGGAUGAAGAGCCCAGCAUCUCUGCACCUUGACUGCUGGUUCGUCAUUGUCCUACCCCGCAGAACCUGCGACCUGGUG